AAGCUGUUCUCCAGAAGUUUCCAGAGUUGCGCAAUGAAAUCUCGCUUGACACUCAGAAAAGAAAAGACAAGUUGUUCUGUGCCUUCGGAAAUCUUUACUACAACUUUUCUUCGGAUUUCUUCCAAUAGAAUUACAGAAGAACUGUCUCUCGUUUGUUACCUAGUGGAACGCAAUAGCAUACAACUGUCUGUAACGUAGGAUGUUUGUGCCUCGGUGGAUGUAAGAUCCAGCGUCUAGAUCACCGAGUUCUGUGUGUGCGUAUCGGAUGUAUGCGCCUAGAUCACCGUGUUGUGUGUGUCAGUAGGGACGAGUGGAACACAUCUGGAGAGGAAACAGUGAACUAAAAAGCUUGCUGGUAGCAUAUUUCACAUUUAAAAAUAAAACAUUGUGGGGGGGAAAUUGUCAGGACUCAGGAUAGGAAGUAGGAUGAUGAGGGAGGGAGGUGGAGGUGGUUGUCUGGGACUCCCAGGGAUGUUACGAGUUUUAUUGUUGGGGACUUGUGCUCUUACGGUCCUGAGCUCUGCAGGCUUGGUGUUCCUUCUGGUGCAACACAUGCACCUGUCAGCCCACCUUGCCCGGUUGGAUCUACAGCUCCAGGUGCUCUCCGAGACUUCUGGCGCCGUGCUGCAUCAUUCUGCAGCAGUAUCCCACAGGACCAGCAGGGACCCUGGAGAGGAGACUGAUAGGUUGCAGGUGCUCUCAGAGGAAUCUGGGUUGCAGACAUCACCCCACAGGACGAGCAGGGAAGACCCAGGCAGAGAGGAGGCAGAAAGGGAGCUGCAGCAUGGCCGACCCCUCAGUAAGAGGAGCCAGCAUGGCCGACCCCGCAAUAAGAGGAGCCAGCAUGGCCGACCCCGCAAUAAGAGGAGCCAGGCUGGGAAACACCAGACGAAGGGACAGCAGAAACGUGACGACAGGGACAUGAUGAUAAUGAUGACAUACUCUAUGGUCCCGAUCAAGGUCCUGUUGGAACUAUGUAACAGCACAAAAGACAUGUGUUUAACAGGCUCACCAGGACCUCCAGGCACUCCAGGUGUGGAUGGGAAGCCAGGAGUCAAUGCUACAGAAGGCAUAGCAGGUCCACCUGGACCUGCAGGGAGACGAGGGAAAAAAGGUCCCCCUGGAGAGAGAGGGGAGCCUGGGGUGAAAGGAGACGUGGGAGACCCUGGACCUCCAGGACUGAAGGACGAGACCUCCAAUGACAUCUUCAUAGAGGGGCCUCCGGGUCCAAGGGGCCUUCCUGGCCCUGCCGGUCCCCCUGGUCUACCUGGCCCCCCAGCGACUUUAAAGGACCCAGAACCCUCUGGAAAUAGGACCAUGAGAGCACAGUUGUUAGAGAACACCUGUUUCCAUCAAGACAACAUGUCUGACUCUCUGGAGUCAGCGAAUCUAGCUGCAAGUAAUGACACGUUGAAUGUAACUGACACCGGGAACGAGGAAUUAAAUAACCGACAAAUGGCACACACAAAGAUUGUGGAAGAAGGACCUUUGAAUGCAACUCACACCGAGAUCGUGGAAGAAGGACCUUUGAACGCAACUCACACCGAGAUUGUGGAAGAAGGACCUAUGAACGCAACCGAGAUUGUGGAAGAAGGACCGUUGAAUGCAACCGAGAUUGUGGAAGAAGGACCGUUGAACGUAACUCACACCAAGAUUGUGGAAGAAGGACCGUUGAACGCAACUCACACCAAGAUUGUGGAAGAAGGACCGUUGAACGCAACCGAGAUUGUGGAAGAAGGACCUUUGAACGUAACUCACACCGAGAUUGUGGAAGAAGGACCUUUGAACGUAACUCACACCGAGAUUGUGAAAGAAGGACCUUUGAACGUAACUCACACUGAGAUUGUGGAAGAAGGACCUUUGAACGUAACUCACACCGAGUUUGUGGAAGAAGGACCUUUGAACGUAACUCACACCAAGAUUGUGGAAGAAGGACCGUUGAACGCAACUCACACCAAGAUUGUGGAAGAAGGACCGUUGAACGCAACCGAGAUUGUGGAAGAAGGACCUUUGAACGUAACUCACACCGAGAUUGUGGAAGAAGGACCUUUGAACGUAACUCACACCGAGAUUGUGAAAGAAGGACCUUUGAACGUAACUCACACUGAGAUUGUGGAAGAAGGACCUUUGAACGUAACUCACACCGAGUUUGUGGAAGAAGGACCUUUGAACGUAACUCACACCAAGAUUGUGGAAGAAGGACCGUUGAACGCAACCGAGAUUGUGGAAGAAGGACCUUUGAACGUAACUCACACCAAGAUUGUGGAAGAAGGACUGUUGAACGCAACCGAGAUUGUGGAAGAAGGACCUUUGAACGUAACUCACACCAAGAUUGUGGAAGAAGGACCGUUGAACGCAAACGAGAUUGUGGAAGAAGGACCUUUGAACGUAACUCACACUGAGAUUGUGGAAGAAGGACCUUUAAACGCAACUCACACCAAGAUUGUGGAAGAAGGACCGUUGAACGUAACUCACACCGAGAUUGUGGAAGAAGGACCUUUGAACGCAACUGAGAUUGUGGAAGAAGGACCUUUGAACGCAACCGAGAUUGUGGAAGAAGGACCUUUGAACGUAACUCACACCGAGAUUGUGGAAGAAGGACCUUUGAACGCAACUCACCCCGAGAUUGUGGAAGACGGACCUAUGAACGCAACUCACCCCGAGAUUGUGGAAGACGGACCUAUGAACGCAACUCACACCGAGAUUGUGGAAGAAGGACCUAUGAACGCAACUCACACCGAGAUUGUGGAAGAAGGACCUUUGAACAUAACCCAGACCGAGAUUGUGGAAGAAGGACCUUUGAACGCAACCGAGAUUGUGGAAGAAGGACCGUUGAACGCAACCGAGACCGAGAUUGUGGAAGAAGGACCUUUGAACGCAACUCACACCGAGAUUGUGGAAGAAGCAGCAUUUAGGAAAACUGAAUACAUUAUCAAAACCAUAACGUGCUUUCCAAACGUCACUAAAAUGGAAACUACAUUUGGAGUUUGGAUGCAAGAUGCAGCCCGGGUGAACGAUAACCACAUUUGGAUGGCUGAACACUUUUCAGGUCGAGUCUUGCAGGAGUACAAGAGCAUUGCAUCAUUUCCUAACAGCAGGUCUAUUGACAUGAGGAAGUUCUACCAGGGUUGUGGCCACAUCAUCUACAAUGGGUCUGUUUACUAUCACAAUGCAGGAACCUCGAAAGUUGUCAAGGAUAACCUGAAGACCAGGAGAUUACAGACACUGGCCAUUGAGAAUGCUCUUUACCACAAUCGAACCUAUCUCUUCCACAACUCCAAGACGUACUUUAAGUUUGCUGUGGACGAGAACGGACUGUGGCUCAUAUAUGCUUCAGCUAUCAGUGGAACCGUGAUGGUGGCCAAGUUAAACCAUAAGAGGUUCUCUGUGUUGUCUGUGGUUACCACGUCUUAUCCUGUACCGAACGCUGGGAAUGCCUUUGUUGCAUGUGGAGUUCUGUAUAUGACGGACAGCAAAGACACAAAAGUCACGCAUGCCUUUGACUUAAUGAAAGAGAAACCUUUAAAUGUAAGUUUGGAUCUCAGAUCAGCCAAUGGUAUUAUGGCCAUGUUGUCAUAUUAUCCCAAAAAUCAACUUUUGUACAUGUGGGACAACAGCUAUGUGAAAAUAUGCAAGACUUAUUUUACUUUGGAUCAAAAAAGUUUAGUCAAUUGUUAUGGUCGUAAAUAAAUCUUACGAUCGUGGGAGACAUUCUGCCUAGGAGAAUACAGUCAGUCACAAGCAGUGACACCUUGCAUGUAACCAAUGCAGAGAAGGUUCUAUUAACAAUCAGAGCCAACACCCAUUAAGCCAACACCCAUUAAGCCAACACCCAUCGAGCCAACACCCAUCGAGCCAACACCCAUCGAGCCAACACCCAUCGAGCCAACACCUAUCGAGCCAACACCUAUCGAGCCAACACCCAUCGAGCCAACACCCAUCGAGCCAACACCCAUCGAGCCAACACCCAUCAAGCCAACAUGUCCUGGCAGAGUGUUCUAAUUUUUUUAAGAAUUUGAGUGUCAAAAUAUAAUUUUUGUAUAAUAUUUGGCAUCGAUAUUUUUUUUCUUCUUCUCAUUCAUUUUGUACAAUUACCAAUAAAAAACAUGUUUUCUUUUCAUA